AUGACUGCUCUCAAGGAAGUUAACGGCAAACAAAAGAGGCGAAGAGGAAGAGUUCCUGAUAGUGAACGGAUUCGAAAAGCCGUAGCUUGUGAAGAGUGUAAAAGGCAUAAAUACAAGUGUGUAGGAGGAGUCCCUUGUAAUAGAUGUAUUAUAAAGGAUGUCUCAUGCAAACAAGAGCCACGGGUCCGCGUAAGCAAGGAAAUUUUAACCACCACCGUUCAGCGGCUUUCCUAUAUGGAGGCUAUCAUCAAGGCCACCUUUCCCGGCGUUGAGACAUCUGUCGAACAGAUGAAGUUGAAGCUAGCAGAACUUACUGGAGAUGCUAAAGCUCGGGAGUUGAUUUCUCACAUAGACUUUCGAAAUAUUCAGCUUUCAGAUGGAAAUACGGUUCAUACUUUCUAUGAAGACGCCGGUUCAACAUCAAGUUUUGUGGUUCGAGCUUGUGAGAUAGUCUCCAAUGCAACCGGAAAGGGACCAACAAAGCCUGAGUCACCUGAGAUGCAAUAUGAUGUUAAUCUCAUCGACAAGAAGACAGGAAACAUUACCAGCGAAGCAUCUAAUACAUUUUCUGAGUUACUCAAUGUAGCCUUAUCCCGAUUGCCACCGCUGGAGGAAGCACAAAAACUGAUUGACAUAUUUAUCUCUGUUUCUGGGAAUAAUACCUUUUUCUAUUGUGACAGCUCGUGGUUUAGAUCAAUUGUACGGCGCAUAUAUUACAACAGAUCAGAAAUCGGAUUGAAAGAUAUCAAUCAUGUGUGUCUUCUAUACGUAGGACUCUGCAUGGGUUCCACUUUCGCUUAUGUCUGGAAAGAUAAGGGUAUUCAGCAAGAAAGGGAGAAUAAAAGAUUUCCUGGUCUGGAGUUCUACGAACAUGCUCAACUCUUGUUUCCGGCAGUGAUCAACGACAGCUCUAUGGAAACUGUACAGGUGUUCUUUCUGGCUGCCAUGUAUGUGCUUGCUGGACAGGAAAUGGAGAUGGCUUAUAGUUAUCUGGGGAUUGCCUUGAGAGCAGCCAUCGCGAAUGGUAUGCAUAAGAAGUUCCCUUUCAAAGACCACUUUGAAAACAAUGUGACAGAGGCUAGAAAAAGGCUGUUCUGGAGCAUUUAUACGAUUGAGAGGCGUUCCAGUAUAGCUCUCGGCCGUCCAGAGACUUUGCCCGUAUCUGAAAUUGAUCUCGAUCUACCGUCUUACUGUGAGGCUUUGGAUGAAAAUUCAGAAAACGCGAAUGUCACGUGUAUGACUCUUAUAAUCACAGUGUCGCUUUUAACUAUAAAGAUACAUGAUAUGUGGUUUCGAAGAAAGGAACAUGGGUUGAAAUUUGCCACUAUCAUGGAUUUAUAUCACAGUAUAGACUCCUGGUGGAAACAAGUUCCCCCAGAGUUUGAGGUCAAAUCGAUGAAAAUAGGGGAUCCAUCUUACAGAGGUGCAGUUCACGUGCAUUUUGCAUAUAAUUUAGCACAGAUAACUCUCGGGCGGCCAUUUCUUUUGUUGAAGUUAAGAGAUAGUAAUUUUCCCGUCGAUCUUGAUGAUGAUAUGAGCUCUUUCUCCAGUCGGAUGGUUCUGUAUUCGUACAACGCGGCCACGGAAAUUGUCGAGACUCUUUUAAACCUGAGAGCCAACAAUUUGCUUUCGUGUUAUUCCUUCAAUGAUUAUAACGCCUGUCACGGAGCUUCUUUUGUACUGGUGGUGUACUUGGCUCUUUGCCCAUCUACAGAGGCACUACAACGACUCAACGAGUCUGUCAGUAUUUUGCAGCAGAUAUCUCAGAGCUGCAAGUACACUCAGAAAAGUACCAACGUGAUAUUGACCCUGAAAAGCAUCGUUCAGCAAGGGCAAACAUAUCAGCGGUGGAUUCACGAGGCAGUACUCGGCAUCGGAGAAACCGCAGACCCUGAUUUCAAACUAACAACAGACAACUAUGAACUCCAAAACGAUACAUGGGGUAAAUUGGACGCAUCUCUUGGUGCCCUUACAGGAGAGGACUGGUUUUCCUCUCUUUUUUCUGACGGAUCCUUUCCUUUGGAGUCGGAUCAUUUUCUUGAUGAUCUCUUUCAGAAUAACGUGCCCGACAACUAG